GGGAGCCGUCAUUCGGUGGCGGGUCCCGGCCGCGGGGCUGGCGGGUUGAAGGGAGAAAAGAUGGCGGCGGCGGCGGCAGCUGGUGCGGCCUCCGGGCUACCCGGUCCAGUAGCGCAGGGAUUGAAGGAGGCACUGGUGGAUACGCUCACUGGGAUCCUGUCCCCAGUGCAGGAGGUGCGGGCGGCUGCCGAGGAACAGAUUAAGGUGCUGGAAGUGACGGAGGAAUUUGGUGUUCACUUGGCAGAACUGACUGUUGAUCCCCAGGGGGCACUGGCAAUCCGUCAGCUGGCGUCAGUUAUCUUGAAGCAGUAUGUGGAGACUCACUGGUGUGCCCAGUCAGAGAAGUUUAGGCCUCCUGAGACUACAGAAAGGGCAAAAAUUGUUAUCCGGGAGCUACUACCCAAUGGGUUGAGAGAAUCAAUAAGCAAAGUGCGCUCCAGUGUUGCCUAUGCAGUGUCAGCCAUUGCCCACUGGGACUGGCCUGAAGCCUGGCCCCAGCUCUUCAACCUGCUCAUGGAGAUGUUGGUGAGCGGAGACUUAAAUGCAGUCCAUGGAGCCAUGCGUGUGCUGACAGAGUUCACUCGAGAAGUGACAGACACACAGAUGCCACUUGUUGCCCCUGUCAUUCUCCCAGAGAUGUAUAAGAUCUUCACUAUGGCGGAGGUGUAUGGUAUUCGAACCCGUUCGCGAGCCGUGGAGAUUUUUACCACAUGUGCCCAUAUGAUCUGUAACAUGGAGGAGCUGGAAAAGGGUGCAGCCAAAGUCCUCAUCUUUCCUGUGGUGCAGCAAUUCACAGAAGCCUUCGUUCAGGCCCUCCAGAUACCAGAUGGCCCCACAUCCGACAGUGGGUUUAAGAUGGAGGUCCUAAAGGCAGUUACAGCCCUGGUGAAAAACUUCCCAAAGCACAUGGUGUCCUCCAUGCAGCAAAUUCUGCCUAUUGUUUGGAACACCCUAACAGAGAGUGCAGCUUUUUAUGUGAGGACAGAAGUGAAUUACACAGAGGAAGUAGAAGACCCUGUGGAUUCUGAUGGUGAAGUCCUGGGUUUUGAAAAUCUCGUCUUUAGCAUUUUUGAAUUUGUCCAUGCCCUACUAGAAAAUAGCAAAUUCAAAAGCACUGUUAAGAAAGCCUUACCUGAAUUGAUUUACUAUAUUAUCCUGUACAUGCAAAUCACUGAGGAACAGAUUAAAGUAUGGACAGCCAACCCCCAACAGUUUGUAGAAGAUGAAGAUGAUGAUACUUUCUCCUAUACUGUUAGAAUCGCAGCUCAAGACCUAUUGCUGGCAGUGGCCACAGAUUUCCAGAAUGAGAGUGCCGCAGCCCUGGCUGCUGCAGCCACUCGGCAUUUACAAGAAGCUGAGCAAACCAAAAACAGCGGCACUGAGCACUGGUGGAAGAUCCAUGAGGCCUGCAUGCUUGCCCUUGGCUCGGUGAAGUCCAUUAUCACUGACAGUGUGAAAAAUGGCAGGAUCCAUUUCGACAUGCACGGGUUCCUGACCAGCGUCAUCCUGUCAGACCUCAACCUCUCAGUGUCUCCUUUCCUCUUGGGUCGGGCACUUUGGGCUGCCAGUCGGUUCACUGUUGCUAUGUCCCCUGAACUGAUCCAGCAGUUCCUACAGGCAACAGUUAGUGGUCUUCAUGAGACACAACCCCCAUCAGUUCGAAUUUCUGCGGUGAGAGCCAUCUGGGGUUACUGUGAUCAGCUGAAAGUCUCAGAGAGUACCCACGUGCUUCAGCCCUUCCUCCCCAGCAUCCUUGAUGGCUUAAUUCACCUAGCAGCCCAGUUCAGCUCAGAGGUCCUCAACCUGGUGAUGGAGACCCUAUGCAUCGUUUGUACAGUAGACCCAGAGUUCACAGCAAGCAUGGAAAGCAAAAUCUGCCCCUUCACCAUUGCCAUUUUCCUAAAGUACAGUAAUGAUCCUGUUGUGGCUUCGUUGGCUCAGGACAUCUUCAAGGAGCUGUCUCAGAUCGAAGCCUGUCAGGGCCCAAUGCAGAUGAGGCUGAUUCCUACUCUGGUCAGCAUAAUGCAGGCCCCAGCAGACAAGAUCCCUGCAGGCCUCUGUGCGACAGCUAUUGAUAUCCUGACCACAGUAGUGCGGAAUACAAAGCCUCCCCUUUCCCAGCUCCUCAUCUGCCAAGCUUUUCCUGCUGUGGCGCAGUGCACCCUUCACACAGAUGAUAAUGCCACUAUGCAGAAUGGUGGAGAGUGUUUGCGAGCCUAUGUAUCAGUGACACUGGAGCAGGUAGCCCAGUGGCAUGAUGAGCAAGGCCACAAUGGACUGUGGUAUGUGAUGCAAGUGGUGAGCCAGCUCCUAGACCCCCGCACCUCGGAGUUCACUGCAGCCUUUGUGGGUCGCCUCGUCUCCACCCUCAUCUCCAAGGCAGGGCGGGAGCUUGGGGAGAAUCUGGAUCAGAUUCUUCGUGCCAUCCUCAGUAAGAUGCAGCAGGCAGAGACUCUCAGUGUUAUGCAGUCUCUGAUCAUGGUGUUUGCUCAUCUGGUACACACUCAGCUGGAACCUCUCUUGGAGUUCCUUUGUAGCCUCCCAGGACCUACUGGCAAACCUGCCCUGGAGUUUGUGAUGGCUGAGUGGACAAGCCGACAGCAUCUAUUUUAUGGACAAUAUGAAGGCAAAGUCAGCUCUGUGGCACUGUGUAAACUACUCCAGCAUGGCAUCAAUGCAGAUGACAAACGGUUGCAGGAUAUCCGUGUGAAAGGAGAAGAGAUCUACAACAUGGAUGAGGGCAUCCGCACCCGCUCGAAAUCAGCCAAAAACCCAGAGCGCUGGACAAACAUUCCUCUGCUGGUCAAGAUCCUAAAGCUGAUUAUCAAUGAGCUCUCCAAUGUCAUGGAAGCCAAUGCCGCUCGCCAGACCACUCCUGCAGAGUGGAGUCAAGAUGACUCCAAUGAUAUGUGGGAGGACCAAGAGGAGGAAGAGGAGGAUGAGGAGGACGGUUUAGCUGGCCAGCUUUUAUCUGACAUUCUGGCUACAAGUAAAUAUGAGGAGGAUUACUACGAGGAUGAUGAGGAAGAUGACCCCGAUGCCCUGAAGGAUCCUCUCUAUCAGAUUGAUCUGCAGGCUUAUCUCACAGACUUCCUCUGCCAGUUUGCUCAGCAGCCCUGUUACAUCAUGUUUUCAGGCCACCUCAAUGACAAUGAGAGGCGGGUUUUACAGACCAUUGGCAUCUAAACAGAGGAGCCUUUCCACAUUUGCUCCUUCUCUUGGCCUGACCACAAACCAUUUUGCAGCCCUCACUGGCCUUGAGAUGUACUUUCUUCUCAACCUAGGGUGACUUCCUGCCCCUCAGCCCUUGGCCUCUGCAAGGUGACAUGACAACGGCUCAGACCAAGCCUACCAAUGGUGUUAACUAGGAAUGCUGGAACAAAGAACAUUUCUCCACGUCUCCAUGAAGAUAACCGAUCUCUGGAACAUUUUUUCUUCCCGGUUCUGCCCCAUCUCUGUUCCCAGAGCCCUCUGGUGACCAGUCUAGAAACAUUCGUGCCCAGAAGGACUAUGUUCAUGGAUUAUUUUGCCCCACCUCAGGACCACAGGAAGUCAUGACCAUUCAUGUUGUGAAGCAGACCUGUCUACUUUCAUGGGACAUCCGAUGUGUUGAGAUAGGAAUCCCCUUAAGAGAUCAUCAUGCUUUCUGCCCUCACCACUGAUGCUUCAGGUACUCAGUAGGAACCAGCGGGAACAGCUAAUGCUAACCCUUCCCAGUGACCUCUCCCUGCCUCCUCCUGCAACACUAAGGCUCUCUGUCCAAGGGAGUCAUCUUGUUUUUGCUUCAUUGCAUGACACAACCCCUCCCCAAAACUGUUCCUGUGUAUACAUGCACACACAAAAUAAGCCAGAUGGCCGUUUGUUUUUCCUUUUUUAGAAAAAAAGGAUUUUUAAAAAAAUUCCAACCGACCCAACUAUAUUUAAUUGCCUCUCCCACACAUUACCACAGAGUCAAAUACUCAAAGAUUAUCUCCUGUCAGGAAUCCUCUAAAUUGGUUAAGUUAUAGCCCUCACAUGUGCAAUGCAUAUUUUUCUAGGACAGUAAAAUAAUUUACAAAUGAAUUUAGUCUGCAUGGUAUAAGGUGUCUCAACACCUCUGCCUUCCAGUCCCUUUUGAAGGCAAGUAAAAAUGGAGGAGAAAAAAAAGAUUAGGUGGAGCCUAUGUGACGUUAUAACAUGUUUUGGCAGACAGUUCAAAAUAAUUCUUAACUGGCACUAUUCAAUCACAUAUUGAAGGAGUUGUGGAUAUAGCUUACUGAUGGAGUGCUUGCCUAGCAUACUCAAGGUUCUGGGUUCAAUCCCCAUCACUGAAGAAGAGUUUAAGAGCAGUCCUUUAAUUGGAUUUUAGUCUGUUUUGUAUUUAUAGGGUAAAUGAGGAUUUAAAAAUUAAGAAGUAAAGCCUACUAAUCCCUUUUCAUAGUACCUCUAUCUGGUGCCCCAUAUUUAAUGGCCACAAAACAUUUCUUCAGGGUGAUAUUCUCAUAAAAAGGAAACAGUAAUAAAAUGAAUUUGUGUCUCUUGAGAAGGCCUCACAGUGGGGCAUUUACUCUAGAACUUUUAUGGAAGCCUAAGGAUAUUGUUGUCAGUAAUGACUUCAUGCCACUAGAUGUCCCUAGUGUUCAGCCCUAGAAUGAGUUGGGAAAUCAGUUAGAUUAUCUUUGAAGAGCCUGAGGGUGUGUGUUUACUGCCAACCAGAUUCUGAGGCUAGUACUGCCUCUGUCCCUGCUGCUCCUGCCCCUGGUUGGGAGAGUCACUAAAAGGAGAAUGAUGAUAGUUCUAGCCAAGUGAUGCCCAGAAAACCACAAUGUGUCUUGGAGACUCACUUCAUAGUUGAUUUCAAGGGGGCAGUGUCAGUUGGGUUUGGUGGUCGAGGUAGUAGGUCAUUCCACAAAGCUAAAUUGGCCUUGGAUCUUUGGCACAAAAGAGUGGUCUCAUGCCAGCAACAUCGGACUGCUGAGUUUGAGGUGAGUUGGGACCCAGUGCAGGCUUGGAAAGAUGUAGGCCCCUACUGAGCCUGACAGUUAGAAAACAUAGUCUGUGUCUAGUGCCAAAAGUGGUCCUACGGUCCUUGGCAAGAGGCUCUUGCCCUACUAUCUGCAUGCUGAUUUCUGAGGAAGGGCUAAGCCUCUUGCUUAAGUAAACUUGAAUCGUGAGAAAAGGGUCCUGUUCACUUGGAAAGCCACCCCUGGCUAAUAGACACCGCUGUGGUUGAGAAUGGAGAGUCUUGAACCCCUUGGUAUGCAGGCACUUACUUACGUUUCCAGAGCAUUUAACCUUUACAAUAGGCGUGCACAGUGGACAUUCCCAUCCUUUUGAAGAAGAGUUCAGAGAGAUUAUGUCCAGUGCCAGCAGAAGAAAAGAUUUUGGAGGCCAGUGGUAUGACAGGAAGUUGAACUCCUGCUCUUCUGUGUGCUAUCUUGGCCAAAGAGAACCAGCUUCAGUCUGAAAAGGACAGGACUAACAGGGUAGAGCUCAAGAUGAAGAAAAAACCCAUGAGGUAUAAGAUCCUUCAAGUUCCUAGCUAGUCAACAGCAGCUAGACACCAGUAGGUUCCCAGGAGUCGGUUGAGCUCGUCCUGUGGAAAGCCUGAAGGGGAAAUGGAGGAAGCACUAGAAGACUGAAAAGCAGAUAGAAGGCCAAGAAAAGAAGUUGUUAAUUGCAAGUCACUGGGAAGUAUGACCUACAACAAAUGCCUUAGAAGAAAAUAAUAAGAAUGAUGUGAAAAGUAAAUCACUGGAGUCACAUAGAUGCUCAUUAUGAGCUAAAAAGCAAGUAAUAGCAAACCAGCCUUAUAGCCUUUAGUUUUGUUAACUAACUUGGAGAUGGUUAUAUCAAAGUGUUAGGAAGGUAGUGAAGUUGGCAACUGACUGCCAGCUAACCAAACUACAAAUGAACCCAUUGUGGACUGAGGCAGGAGGGUCACAAGUUUGAAUCCAGCCUGGGCAGCUUAGCAACUUCGUGAGACCCUAUCUUGAAGUUAAAAGGGCUGGGGAUAUAGUGUAAUGCAGAGACCCUGGGGAUCCCUAGUAUCUACAAAAAAAACUUUUUUAAAUAAAGUGGAAUGACUUUA